AUGACCCCUGAAAUCGUAGAAAAUUUCAAAUUACAAGUUAUAAUCAAUCCAACAGAAUUUAGAUUAGAUUCAGGGGCGAAAACAGUUGCGGAGGAAGAGCAGGAUUAUACUAGUUGUAAUAACAAAUUAACUGGAAAAUUGUUGGACAACGAGUCAGAGCAAGAGCAAGAAAUAACGGAGUUAAUGGUAUCUGAGAUAUAUACAGCUUCAUCAUUGCGACAAACAGUCACAUUACAAAUAGCGACUUCUACAGAUACAUUGUUACAUAUUAAUGGAAAGAACGCUGCUACAGAAAAUGCUUUGCAGCCACGGCUUCGAGUAUUUGAUCGUCAACGUAUUAAUCUUGAAUCACAUCAAUUAAUAUGA